ACCAUGACGUGUGUUUUCCUCAUACAGGAAGUCUUCGAAGAAACGCGUAGAACGCUGUACGACGCAACGCAAGUAAAACUGUAAUAACUCAGAUUUUACUUAGAAUUUCUAAUGUAUUUACGAAAGAAUGGCGACGGACUUAAUGUUAGAGUUGGAGAAUCUGUUAAAUGAACGCGAUGUUGUAACUGACGACCCUGUGGACGAUAUCUUCGAGCAGCAGCCGGACGACGACUUGGACAUCAGUGUGUUUGAUGAGCUGGACAGCAAUGGCGAUACAGAUGAACUGCUCAAGGCUCUGGAUGACCUGUCCAGUGCUGGCGACACACCAGAACUUACCUUUGGAGUUGACUUCCCUCCCUGGAACUAUGGUUCUCCUGCUGACACAGACAGUAGCUACACAGAAGCGGAAAUGGCCAUGGAUACGCUCUCCCCCUAUAGCACAGUGAGCUCCGUCUCCUCACCUGGCUCCACAGGGGUUCUGUCUCCCUGCAGCCCACACGCAGAGUGCCAGUCCCCACCAACCCCACUGUCUGUUGCCUCUUCUGUGACACCACAGAAGAAACCUCAGGAGAGGAGUAAGCAGCCUGUCAGAGUCAAGCCCUCACAGCCACCGAAACCACCCAUUCACUUGGCCCCGAAGGUCUCCAUCCAGCCCAAGCCAGCUGUCAACAUGAUUUCGGUCCCCCACACUGUCACUACUCUCCAGACUAAGCCCAUUGUGAUUCAGACCCUCCAGCCUGCUGUUCCUGUGCCCAAACUCUCCCCUGUGACCCUGCAGCCAGCAAUUCUCUCUGGACAUCCAGUGAUGCUGCCUCAGCCGACCCGCAUGGUUCAGCUGCAUCCUCAAGGAGUGACAACACAGACCACAACCUUGAUACCAGACCAGGGGGUCCCAUUUCCAGCAGUGGUCCAGGGCGCGCACACACAAACACUUGCAGGAACAAAGGCUUUCCAUGCUGAAUCAUGCCUCCUCGCGGUGUCAACACAACACAAUGAUGCAAAUCCAGAUGUCUUCAGAAGACAGCAGAGAAUGAUUAAGAACCGCGAGUCUGCAUCUCUGUCACGGAAGAAGAAGAAGGAAUACCUCCUGAUGUUGGAGGCCAGACUCAAGGUGGCAUUGUUGGAAAAUGAGAAGCUGAAGAAUGAGAAUGGCUCCCUUAAGAAACAGCUUGACGGUCUGUUAACUGAGAAUAAGGUUCUGAAAGCCACUGGCCCCAGAAGGCGAAAAGUGUGUCUCCUUGGCGUCUUGCUGUUUCUUAUGUUGACAUUUGGUCCGAUGAGGCUUUUUGAAGGAGAUUCCAGCUCUAGACUCUCAGCUGUGACCACUUAUAGCAGUAGGCAUCUGUUAAGCUUUUCUCCCCGUGAAAUGGCUGAAAGCAUCAGUCCCCAAAACCCUGAGAGGCAAAGGGACUCUGCUUCAGAGGAAAAGGCACUAAUGGUUAUAAAGCGGGACCCUCUUUUCUUCAGACCUGUGCCACCCUGUCAGCCACCAAUCAACAGAACCAAGUCAAUAAAAAUGGCUCAUGAACUUCGUGGUUGGGUCCAUCGUCAUGAAGUUGAGAGGACAAAGUCCAGGAGGAUGAACAACAGCCUGCUCAAAAAUGUUGAGAAAUCGUCGAACAAGGAUCCUCAGGUUGCUGAGGUUGUAACUGUAGAGUAUCCAGAUUUGUCUGACAAAAACUCCACCCGUGAACUUCAAAUCUACUAUGCCCCCCAUCGUGGCUACAAUGAUUUAUUUGAAGAGAUUCGUCGUCGUGGUGACACAUUCUAUGUGGUGUCAUUUCGCAGGGAUCACCUGCUUCUCCCAGCUACCAACCACAACAAAGGAAGCAGACCAAAGAUGUCAGUGGUGUUGCCAGCUAUUAACAUAAAUGAUAAUGUCAUAAAGGAUGAUGAGUAUGAGGUGAUGAUGCAGAUCGAUUGUGAAGUUGUGGAUACCAGAAUCCUUCAUAUCAAGGCCUCCAGUAUUCCACAGUUCCUGCGUGUCAAUCACACCAGCUCCUUCUACCAGUCCACAUCACCUAACACCCAGGCCACACCUCCUCUUGGUGUUCUCGUGGGUUCUGCUUAAACUUGUACCAGCCUUUCAGAACCAGGUGAAACUGAUAAUUCAGUAGAAGUAAAAACUUUGGUAUUUAAAAUGAUUGAUUUUGUUGGUUACCUCAUGAGUUUGUUCAAAGCCAGUUGAUAAAUGUCACCAAUUUAGAGAGCUGGAUGUCUUGCAGUACUACUUCAGGUUAGGUUCCUUGCUCAACAGUGAGUCUUCAGGUUAGUGAUAUGUCCUUAAAUGCUGUGCUACCCUCUACUCAUCAAAUGAGGGACUGUUCUAAAAUUUCUCAAAAAAGAACUCGAUUUACCUCCUUGAUUCCAGUAUUUAGUUGCAGGUGUACUGUAUUCAUUUGUCACAAGCAGACUGUGUUUUGGCAAAGAUGCUCUAGAUUUCUCAUCUUAGAAUAGAACCUGCUACUUACACAUCACUUACCCAUGUGACACAUAUGGGUAUACAAGAUUCAGGGAGUGACCAGGCAUGCAAUGACAGUGAGUGUAUUUACAAGAUUGUAAAUUUGUCUUCCCAUAAUAUGCAACUAUAUAGUUAAGACCAGGGUUUAUAUUAAUGUAACAAAUGUCAAGAUGGCUUCUCAGAAAUAGAGAACCAAAAACUCUCAAGAAUGACAGAAAUGUAAAAAUGAAAUACAGUGAGUUCAGGAUUUCUGACUAAAUCCCUCAAGAAGCCAUCCCUUAACCUUAAAUGCAAACCACAAAGAUUGAUGCACAUUCUCUUCCUCUCUCUUCAGUCUGACUUUUAAAGUCUCUUGAUUUAGCUCAGUUGGCCAUACCUACUGGUAGUCUCUUGUUAAACUAUUUAUAGGUAAGGCUGUCAGUCUGGAUGGAGACUGGGUGUGGACAGGCUCCUUCCUGCCACCAGUUUAUUCUGUUAUGUCUUUAUGGCUUUCCCCUAUUUAAUAUUUAGAUGGCCACUUUUUUUUUUUUUUUUUUAAGAAGUUUUUUUCCAUUUCACUUAUCCUGGUUACUUAGAAAAGAAGUUGAAGGUAUCACUUGAAAGAUGUUACAGGAAUAGUAGCUAGGUUUGUGUUGACUGUUUUUAAUAUGAGUAAGAAUCGGUUUUCAGCAAACAGGAUUGUUCCAGUACAAGUAGUCCUUAUGCUUACAUUGAAUGUGCAACACUUAGACACUACAUCUGCACUGCAUAUGCACAACAUAAUUGUAUUUGCAGUAUGUAGCUCCUGCUAAGUUUCAGCAAAGAGUCUGUAUUUCCUUACAGUAAAUUUGUUUAACCACUGCACAGAUUGUGCACAGAUUUUGAUUUUUAUUCCUACUGGUUACAAACCGUGGGAGAGGAGUUCAGCAGUGGUAUAACUUUCCUCGGUGUGCAUAUGGUAAACGCAUCAAACCCCUCCAGUCUUGUGACCCUACAGGUAAAUGAUUUGGUUUUGUGACUGAAAAACCAUACUCUGAUUUUCAUUUGUUCUCAAGGAUUCCCAUUUAAGCCUUUUGACCUUCACAUUUCAGGAGGUAACAGUGGGACAUACGCUUAAAAUGGGUUUUUAGAUUUGAGUACAUUUUGUGGAAAUGUACUCAAAUCUAAAAACCCAUUUUGAGUACACUUUGUUUUCAGGUGAAAAUUAUGUAAUACAAGUACUGUAAAGGCACUUGCCACCUCAGAGGAUUUUUUUUAAAACGUAUGUUUGCAUUAGCCAUGAAGAAAUUCAAAAAAAUCUUUAAGAAAAAGACGCAAGCAUUGAGUUCAAAAAUCAUUUUUACCAAUUAAUGCAAAUUGUAACCGAUUCUGAAAACUUAAAUGUCAGUAAAAGGUUUAAGUAGACAGUAGACCUGGAAAAUUUGUCACAUAAUUACGUUGCUAAGACUUCAGGAAUCAGAUGGAUGUUUCUAAUAAUAAAACAAUUUAUGCACUUUUCCCACAAGUACAGCAGCAGCGUUCUUGUCAGGUUUCUAGGGCUUAAUGUGAUACGCUGUUUGAUAUGCUAUUUGUGUACCUUAUGAAGGGAAACCUAGAAGUACAUAACUUGGAAAAAUAAAAAAGCUGAAAAAUGUUAAUAAUGAAUUUUCUUACAUUGCAACAAAAUUCUUCAAAACAAAAUGGAUCUGUCAGCUGCUCUGCACCCUGGAUUCUUUGGCUUAUUUAACAAAUAUACUUUUCAUUUGCUUAGAUAUUUUUAUUCAAAACCUACUUACGAGUUCAUUUAUAGUAAAACAAUUCACAAUUUUACAACGGUUCAGUCCCACCUGGGCUUGAAUAUGCAGUUGUUCACUCAUUUGCUGAAGUGCUUUUCCUGGGUCAGUUAACCUGGUCUCUGUGUUUCUUUUGUACUGUUAAGGUAAACAUAUUGAAACUAGUUUAAAAAUCAUUUUUGACAAAGCACUGACAGUGGUUUUAAGGGAUUUAUGUGAAUUAUACUGUCAAAGAAUGGACUUAUUUGCUCAUUUAUGAAGUAUCCUGUAUUUUUUGUUAUUUAUAGAUUAUCCAAAGUUUUUUAAAAUAAAUGUUUAGCAAUCCAGUACAGUAUAUAUCAUUCACAUGCAUGUACUACUGCCUCUAUACAAGUUUUGUUUUGAUUCUGAAUGUGACUUUUUGUAAUCCAUGGGAGUUUAAAAUCGCUUACUCUAGUCUGUUUAUUACAAAGAUUGUAGGGGUAGUUUCUUCUAAUACUGUCUUCAAGGGAAAGGGUCUUAAAACUCCUCUGUCAAUACAGUAUAUUGUCUGUGGAGCACAAUGCAAUGCAAGGCAGCUUCUGUUUGUAAAUUUGAUUUAAGAAAUUUUGUGUUAAGGGUAUGAUAUAAUGCCUGAUUAUCUUCACAUUAACAGUUGAAUCAUCAGUACAUUAUAUACUAGCCUGAACUGCAGUCUUUAUUACUUAUAUUCCUGUUCAAGUUUCUAUCCAGUAUU